AUGCAUAAUGUGUAUCAACACGGUCUCUGCAAUAUCAUGGCGGCUUCGGCUGGGAACAGCAGCGAGCCUCUCUUCAACAAGCGGGACGUGCGACUCAUUACUCCUUGCAUUAUCCCUGGCACAGACUCUGACAACAUGUCAACAUAUGUCCAAGGCCUAGAGGACAUCAACGAAGAAGGUAAAUGGUUCGAACAGCUCAGCGCUGAACCCUUAUACAGACGUGGAUGGGUGCUGCAGGAACGACUCCUGUCAACGCGCAGCGCCAUCUUCACGCGGCAAAACGUUUAUUUCCAGUGUCCCCACGACAUCACCCGGCAAGUACACCCCGACAACAAUAGUGCGGAUCUGUACUUCGAGUUCUCCGACCCACGCAUGAUCCCGAGCAAGUUCACUCCGGAGACAUGUUUCGAGACAUGGCGGUUAAUCAUCAACGCAUACGCUAAGACCAACCUCUCAUUCGCGACCGAUACCUUCUACGCGCUCGGUGGUCUUGCCGAGAGGGUAAGGCAGCUGUCUGGAUCCAAGUACCUGCAUGGACUCUGGGAGGCCGAUCUGGCCAAGUGUCUCGCCUGGUGGGACGAGACGCAUGAGCGAAGACCUGGGAUCGAGGCACCCAGUUGGUCGUGGGCGUGUGUGCGAAAACCGCAGUACUUUGACUUUACUCAAACUGAGGCGAUCCCGCGAACGUGGGGUACGAUGACAGACGGCAUUUUGGGACUGCAGGGCCCCAUGUUUUCCAUCAGUACCGAGUCCCCUGCCUCCAACUUCGACCCUGAUAUGGUCCAAAAGGAGAUCAUGCGAAGGGUGGAGGGUGUGGCGGACCGAUGCGAUUCCGUAGCGCAGUUCGAUGGGCCGGAGACCGAAAGAGAAGACAAGCCAGUGCCAGGAGACUUGCUAUGCGUCCUUCUGACGAGGUCACACUGCCGGCCUGAAUACAUGGGUAUUCUUCUUGCGCCAGUUUCCGUAUCCGACACCACGGCACCAUAUCGGCGGGUGGGCUUCUUCCGACUUGAUUUAUCAUACAACGGAACGCCGAGCCACGUGGACACGAAUGUUGGCUGGGCGCCUGAAAUAAAGAAACGAGGGCGUGAGUUUUUGGACGAGUGUUACGAGCGCUUGUUGGAGACCUUAAAGACUCAACCGAAGGAUGCUCACGGCCUUCCGUGUGAUGGGGCGACUGACGAACAAACAAUAUUUCUUGUGUAA